CAGCGGACAGCGGACAGCGGUCGAAAACGGAAAUUCUGAAACAUAAAAAUUUAGGUUUUUCAAUAGAAUAAUAUGGACUUGGAACUAAGAAACCUGAAAGAUUUUCUUGGAUUAUACAACAAGGUAACGGAGCUGUGCUUUACUGCCUGUGUAGAUAAUUUUUUCGGCCGUGACCUGUCGCCGGGUGAGAUUCGCUGUUCGGAAGCUUGCGUCGGCAAAUUUACCAAUGUGAACCAACGGUUAAUGCAGGUCUACGUUGGAGUGCAGGGUGCAAUCAACCAACGAAGAAUGGUAGAAUUUGAAGAGCAACAAGCUAAACUGCUGGAAGCGCAACGGCAGCAAGAAAGCAGCAGUGCUCCUCCCUCAACGGAAACGACCGGUAACGUGACACAGUUAGACGAUAAGUUGGACGGUGGUACCAGGGAUAACUGA